AUGGCGUCCCACGAAUAUACUCGCCAUCCACUGCCCGCUCCGCCGUCGCAAGAGCAGCAGUACACGCACAUAUCAUACGACCAGUCGCCGCUUCCUCAACGACCUCAGGCAGCUCAGCAAUACCAACCGCGACAGCAGCAGUCGUCAUACUCACAGCAAGAGCAGUCGCAGCAACCCCAGAAGCCCGAACGCCAGCGCCCUAGAUCGAGAGGUUUCAGUUUCCGCUCCGACAAGUCGCACAAGACCGAGAAGAGUGAAGGCAAAGGGCACGCCUACAAAAUUUCGAGUGGAGCACUACACGAAACACACGCCGAGAAGGAGCAAAAUAGGCUCGCUACAAAGGCUGAUCCGACAUUGGCAAUGAAUGAAUUGGAGCCGUCUGCUGUCGCUCGAGCUGCCAUCAACUUUGACGAAAAACCACCGCUUUCAGCGCUUCAGCACAAAGAUGCCACCGGAGUUGUAAUCACCGAGCCCGACCGGUCGAAUCCUACACGAAGCAAAUGGGAACGGCCAUUAGACACAAUCCGCAGCUUCGAGGCUGCUUAUGAUGGCGGUUCCAGUAGUCGUCAAUCUGUUUACAGAUCAGAUUCAGACUCGGUAGCGAACUGGAACAGGAGGAGCAGCUACUAUGGCAGUAAGCCAGGCGGGAGUUCCCGCAAUCCUGCUGCACAUACUAAACGUAUGAACCCAGACUCCAACGGUCCUCGUUUCCCUCACGAGAGUUACUAUGGGGCACGCUCGAACACGAACCUUGCACGCGAGAGUGCCAUGUUGGAUCCCCGUGGCCCGGCCAUGGGCGGUCCGAGAGGAGAUGAGUAUUUUGAGGGUUUUGACGGGGCAGCCAACGGCCGAAAUGGCGGUAACGGCCCACGAAACAGGAACGCACGCGUGCAGGCGGAUCCGUCAAUGAGCACUCAUCCUGCAGUCAAUCGAGGUGUUUUUCAGAGUCCCAACAAUCACAAGUCUUACGAGACGGUAGCCUCUGGUUCGGGUAGCGCCAGUUACGGAGAGCCGUCUGGCUAUCAAACUGAUCCCACUAGCAGUGAGAACAGCUCGAUUAAUCGCCGCGCAUCACCGCCAAAGAGAUACCAGGAGCCGCGAAACGAUUACGGCAUUAGCUUUGGCCAAACCCCAAGCUACCAACCCCCUUCACUAGGCCCAGAUGCGUCACAUCCUAGAACGAUGCCAGACAACUCUCAUGCACCUGCGCCACCGCCGAAGGGCUCGGGCACCCUCUUGAAAAAAGGCUCCGCGGCAGCACCACAGAGACCUGACAUGGGAGAGAAACGAAAGAGUCGACUUUCUCGACUUUUUGGCAAGAGCUCCUAA